UUAAAAUGGAGCAUUACCACAUCUCCUCUAUAGAGGCGAAUGACCUUACAUGAGAACUUUUCACCGGUUUGACUGGUGACAGCCCGCGACUCAUGGCGCACGAAAGCCUUGCUUCUCUGGUCGCUGCCACUGAUAAGCUGGGUCACCCCCUGGCGGAGGUGCGGCGAAGGGCCGUCCAGAGCCUAGACUUCAAGCUGAAACAUCGUUUGUUAUCGCCAGAGGACUUGGCAAAGGAGCGUACUGUCUUGAAGAACCUUUUGGGCUGCCUGGAGUACCAAGACAAUGGCGUCCCAACGGACGCUGCGGUCCUCAUGCUGCUGGGAAAGGUGGCUGCGGCGCCUUUCGCGGCCCGCCAGCUGCUGCACCUGGGUGCAGAGCAGGUCCUGGCGCAGUUGCAGGCGACGCGGCCGCCGGACCUGCAGCCCAUUAUCCAGGCGACGCUUAAUGCGCUGCUGACCGCACCGCCGACGGCACCCUCUGGAAUCUCGAGGUCCGCCGCAGUCCAGCAACAGUACGGUUCUGCGGCGAGCCAAGCAAACACCGCUCCUACAACAAGGCCCAUCGCAGCUGGGGCCAACGCAACACCGAUUGCCAUGAUCGCGGCGAUGCCGGACGCACGGGGCCCGCCGGCAUUUACGUACUCGCCGGCGCGACACUCUGUGCGGGACAGGGAGGCCUCACCCUACCGCCAUGCUGCCGGGACGGCUGCUUCAGCUACGCCCGACGUGCAUCUCGAGCAGCAAUCUGCAGCCAACACGCCCAAUGUGGCCCGGGCCCUGCUGGCGAGGCGGGCCGCCGCACGGCAAACGCAUCUAGGCCAAGACGGCGUGGCCGCCGCUCUACUUGCCGGCGACCGUACCAACACCGCCGGCAACAGCCCGCGGGACUGGCUGCUGCAGUCAGUGUCUCUGGGCCAGGCAGACGAUCAACAGCUGUUCGAGCUGUCGCUUCGACUCAAGUACGUUGAGGACCCGCGUGUGGUGCUGCCCGCGCUGACGCAGCUGCAUGGCGCUGCCCUCGCGGACCUGCCGGUGGAGGCAGUGGCGGCGCGACACGAGAUUGUGAACCACCUGCUGGUGCUGCUGGUUUCUGCCAGCUCCACACCCGACCUCGUGGCGCUGGCCGCACAGUGCCUGUCACGCAUCGUGGUGAUGCUCAAGCGGGCCCUGCUGCUCGCCACUGACGCCACGUACGCUGCCAGCGCUGGUGCCGGCGCGGGUGUCGGCGCCAGUGGGGUUUUCGCUGAGGGUGAGGCUGAGGACCCCAACGGGGCAGGCAGCCCUGACUGUGGCCCCGGUUCGCAGCGUGCUGCUGCGCAGCAGCACGUGCAAGACGGCGCUUCCGGGACAACUGCAGAGCAGCUGCUGCCGCAUGGACUGCCGCCAGCGCCUGCAGACGGCGGCGGCAGCUAUGCCGGCACUGCUGGCAGGUCGCUAGGCGCAGCCUGGGCGGCAGACGAUGAGCCCCUCAACGUCACUCGCCUCGCGUACCUCGUGGGGCUCCAGGUCUUUUAUGCACUGAAGGACCCGCAGCGCCUCUUCGCCGCGGCACCACUGGCGGAGGAGCUGCUUCCGCUGCUGCUGCUGGACCGGGAGGGGCCGCGGGCGGUCGUGAGCGAGGCCGAGUGCAUCAAGUGGUCAAACCUGCUGCAGGCUCUGUCGACGGCGCUGGUGUCGAACCUGUCAAUCGCGCGUGCGGAGAGCCCGCCCAUCGUGCAGGCGUACACACGUGACUCUGCGACCAGCGCGUGCACGCCGCUGCCCGUCAUCAAUGCCCCUACGGUUGCGGUGCUCAGCCUAGCCGCCCGGCUGGUGACAGCGCUGCCGCCGGAGCUGUGGGUGGCCGGCAUCGUGCCGCCGGUGCUAACAGACACAUUGGCUGCAGUCGCCAGGGACGAGGUGUUGUCAAUGCUGCUGCCGGGUCUUCGGGUUGCGACGCAGCCGCUGCUGGCGGUGCUGCGGCCGGAUACGACGCGGCUGCUGGAGGUGGCUGCGGCCAGCGAGGCGGCACUCGCGGCAGGCGAGGAACUGACCCGGCAGCUGCCGGCCCUGCGGACGGGGCGGCUCGACCCGGAGGUGUGGCUGGCUAGGCUGGAGGCAGCGCUGCCCGCGCUGCACCUCCCCGGGCAGGCGGCACUGUUGCAGGCCGUGCUGCAAGGGCUUGCCGAAGUGUGCAGCAGCAGCAACCGCAACAGCUCCGCCGGCGCCGGCACGCAUGAUCUUGGUCGCCAUGGCACCUCGCGCAGGCUGGCGUGGGCCUCAGCCGCAGCAAGCGCCGGCAGCCCCAGCAAGGCGUCUGGUCCAGCUGGCACGGCGUCAGGCGACCCGGCCUGGGUGUCUCGAGCGGAGGGGCUCUUCCUGCAGCUGCUGUCGCACAGCUCGCCCGAGGUGGCGCUGGCGUGCUACGGCCUGCUGGAGGGCAUGGUGCAGGAAACCCGGACAGAGCCGGGGCACCCGCUGCCGCGCCUGAUGACACGACAGGCUGUGAUGGAGUUGCUGGUGGUCCUGGGCCUGGCAGACGAGCGCACGCGGCGCCAGGUUGCCCGCAUCCUGCUGCAGCUGAUGCCGGACGCAGCGCUGCAAUCACGCAUCGUGCCGUGGGCGUUCUGGAUUCGGCUGUUCGAGUCAGAUCCGCAGGUCGGUGCCCUGGCCGCCGCGCUAGCUGCUGCGGAGCGGGAGCAGCAGACAGCAGGUGACGCUGACACGGCCGUAAGCUGGCCCCGGCUAAGGGCACACACGCUGGCCAUGUUCAGUAGAGAGCCAGAGCAGCGGCGAGCGGCGGCGCAGCAGUUGGCCACAGAGCUGCGGAGCGCGACCGGCACCCCCAUCCUGCACGCCAUGCAGGGCGAGCCCUACACGCUGGACCCGUUCCGGGUGUGCCUUGACAGCGGGGCGCGGGGCGACCUGGUCAUUCCCGCCGCCAACCCCCGCCUGGCGCGCUCCUUCCGCCCCGCCGACGUGUCCAACCUGCUCGCCAUCCUGUCCAACCCGGAGCUGGCGCUGGAGCUGCGCCGCAGCGCCGCGGAGCAGAUGCUGGCGCUGGCGGGCGAGGAGCGGCUGCGGGAAUGCCUGGAGGAGCAGGGCGCGCUACAUGCCAUCGCCUGUGUGGCGGCGCUCCGCGACCCAGCGUCUGGCGCGGCGCUCAGCGUCAGCCAGGCGGACUCCCUGGCGGCUCACGGCAUCCCGCCGCCCACACCCGACCUACUGUCCACCCUGGAUGUGCAGUUGCCCAUCGCCGCCAUCAACCUGCUCUACGCCCUAGCCGCGCACAGCCCCCGCGUGCGCGCGUGGCUCGUCAGUCCAGCGGCGCCGACACCGCGCCCGCGCCCGGGGUCGCAUGGGCCGUCCGGUGCCCGAGCAGGUGCCAAUGGCGGCGGCAGUGGCCUGGAGAUGCUGGUCAACGGCGUGAUGCCGCUAAUUUUCCACAGCAUGGUCACCGUGCGGCGCGCUGUGGCGCGCCUGCUGGCCGCGCUGUGCAUGGGUGGCGAGGCUGACAGGUGGACGGGCUGGGACGCGGUCGCGCGCAGUGCAAGGGCGGGCAGCUCGGCUGCCGUGCUGGCGGCGGCGCAGCCUCAGGCGGCGAGCAGCUCCGGGACAGGCAGUGCUGGAGACGUGCUGGUGCUUCCACACACGUUUGAGCAGGGAUAUGUGCUGCCUUGCCGCACCACGUGGGCGCCGCUACCGCUUGUGGCGGGGUCAGCCAGCAGGCCCGGUGGCAAUAAAGCGGCGGGCAAGAGUAUUACGCUGGAGGACAAGCCGCUUUUGCAAGACCUGGUGAUGGAGCAGCGCGAGCUGGUGGUGCUGCUGGUGCAAGAACGGCAGGCGUUGCGGGCCGCGGGCGGUGACCCUGCGGGCCUGCUGGUUUUGAUGAACGAGCACCCGGACCUCAUCGGGUACCUACCGCCUGCCGCGAUGCACACCCUGGCUGCCAGCAUCCGGGCAGUGGCUCCCGCGGCGCUUGUGGCACGGGGCCUGGCGGCCGUGGGCGCGGCAACUUGCCAUGCCGACUGCACUGCUGCGCUGCGCGCCCUGCAGCUGGUCUGCGGCAUGCGGCAAGGCACAGCAGCAUUGGCGGCAGCUGACUGGCAGGUGCGGCUGGAGAACCUGCUGUCGACGUGCCCCACCAGCCCCGAGGACCGGGCCCUGUGGGUGGAGCUGCUGGCGCCUGUGCGGCGCAUGAUCCUGAACGGCGCCCUGACACAGGUGCAGCUGCUCCAGCUGGCAGAGUACCUCUCGCGCUCCAUGCACCCGCUGCUGUCUGCGCCUGACGCCGCAGCAGAUCCUCCACCACUGCCAGUGGCGCUGGCAAACACGCCGCUGCUGCCGGACCACCUGCACCAGCACACCAGCUUGGCGUGCACGCAGGCGCUGCUGGCGACCCUGGUGGACCUCAUUCGCUGCGCGCGGAAUCGCUUGCCUCAACACCAGGCACGGCGGCUGCUGGCCGCGCUGUCCCCCACGCCGCUGCUGCGGACACUGGGCACAGCUUAUGUGGGCUAUGCCGACGCCAACUACGGGUGCCGCGUGCUGGCGCUGCAGCUGUUGCUAGAGGCCCUUCGGGUGAUUAGCGGCACACCUGAGCCCGAGGCUGCCCCAAUAGAGCUGGACUUGAAGGAGGCCCUGAUGGAGUGCCUAUACGCCGUCCUGGCCAAUGUCAGCGGCGGCUUUGCUGCCGCCGCUGCGGCCGCGCCCGUCCUCGCGCGGCAACCCCAAGCCAGCGCCAAGGCGGCGCGGGGUGCCGACACGGCCACGGGUGCCGCUGCCUAUGGCGGCACGCAUGGCUUUGCUGGCAAGGGCGCCGUGCGUCUAGCCAUGGGCUGCCUGUUGCACCUCACGGAGCUGCUGCCGGCGGGGGAAUGGACCAGCUGCUGGCAACAGAUGAGCGGCAGCUUCUGGGUGUCGCGGCUGCUGCGGGACCGGGACACGGUGCUGCGGGCGCAGGCGGUGGAGGUGCUGGGCCGGCUGCUGCAGCCGGGCGCGGACACCACACAGAGCCUGGUGGCACAGGGCUGGUCGGAUGCGGUCAAGACCAUGAUCAAGAUCGCCCUGGACCGGAACGCCCGGUUCGCGCUGCGCACGGCGGCCAUGCGGGUGCUGGUCUGCUGCAUGGCACAGGAGGCCUCGGCGGAUGGCAAACAGGUGGAAAGCGACGGCCUGGGCAGCUCCAUGCCCCGGCGGCAGCUGUUCGCGUCCGCCUCCGCGUUGAGGCCUGCAGCACUGCUGCUUCAGCACCGGGAGCUGUGGGCGCAGCUGCCAGGCAUGGUGCGGGAGCCGGACGCGCCGGCGGGCUUCAUGGCAGCGGCACUGUCGCUCUUGCUGCAGGGGCUGCUUCUGGACAGCGAUCGCACCGUGGCUGUGCUACGCCAGCCCGGCUUUAUUGGAAAGCUGUUAGAGCUGCUGGACCAUAAGGCACUCGAGGCUGGCAGCGGUAUCCCCGCACAGACUGCCACUGGCGUCACCCCGCCAUGGCCGGCCCGCACCGCUGCCGUCGCCACCUACGGUCUGGCGCAGGGCGCGUGGGACUGGAGUCAAGGUGCCUGGUCACCCCAGCACGCGGUGGGCGCGCCGCUGACUCCAUCUGCGGCAGCAGGGCCAGCUCCUGCGUCCUCAAGCGCAGCCGCCGCUUGCAGGGAUGCCGGUCCGGAGGUGCCCGUGGACGUGCAGGUAGAGAAUGUGGCUGGCGUGGACGUGGCCGUGGCAACUCUGCAACAGACUGCUGCGGCCAUGGCAUCAGCCGCUGCGUGCGCGGAUCCGGCGCUGCCCCUGCACCGCGUUCAAGCCCUCCACGUCAGCUCGCUCGCAGCGCAGCUACUGGCGCACACCCAGCAGUGCGAGCCACCGCUACUGCCGCUGGGCGCCCUGUUGGGCCGCGGCGCAGUGGCCAAGGCUGCUGAUGCCACACUCGGCGCCUUCGCACGCCUAGCUGCCGGCAUAGCAUCCUUGGACGCAGCGCGCGGCCUGCAGACCAUGUCUGCCGCUACGGAAGGCGCGGCCAAGAUGGACGCGAUGUGCCAGACCGCGGCGGCCUCCAACGCACUUCUACAGCUGCUUGAUGAGGACGAAGCGUUGCAGCUGCUGGUGUCCGUGGACGCGGGCCUGCUCCGCACCCCGGGUCCGCUGCUCUGCCAGUGUGCGGAGGUUCUGGCGGCCGGCUGCAGCCCGCGGCCGCUGCGGCUGGCAGUGGUGUGCUUGCUGGCCACCUUUCUGGCACGCAAGGACACGGCCAGGGCGCUGCUGCUCUUCCCGUCAUCAGAUGAUGAGCACCUGGUGGGGCGCACCGGCGCGGAGGUGGGCGCGGACCUGUGCGGUGCGCUGGUGGCGCUGCUCCCAGACGAUGCCCUCGCACCCGCCCCCGCCCCGGGCCACCCACCCAUCACCUCUGCUGGGGCGCAAACGCCAAUGCCCGGUACCGCCGCGCCCUCUCCGGCGCCACCCUCGGCAGCCCGCAGCAACCCGUUGGCUGCGUCCACGUCGUCCCUCCUUCCCACCUUCGCGGCACAGCACGGCCCCGCCGGUCGGCAUGCCGGGCACGCUGACGGCGGCACUGCCGCUUCUGCCGCCGUGCAGAGUCUGUCUUCUAGCGAUCUGUGCAUCAUCAUCGCGCUACGUAACCUGCUCGCAUUCAGCAGCGCUGCGAAGACGGCGGCGCUGCGCAACGGCUACCAUCGCUUCCUCUUCGACAGCUGCCGCCGCGCUGCGGCGCUGCUGGCGCCAGCCACGCCCAGCGCCAAGCUGACCGGCGGCGAGCGGAAGCAACCAGGUGGCCAACCCGGCGGCACACCCAAGAAGCAAGCCGCAGGCCUGCAGGCGCGCGGUGUUCGCGGUUCUGUAGUGCCCUCAGUCCGUGUCUCUGCCGGCGGUCAGCAACGCUACAGAGGCCUGCGGCCCCCGGCGCCCGGCAGUGCGGCGCCGGCGCAUGACCCCGUGGACGACACUGAAAUCGCAGGGUCCGAGGUGGAGGGGCUGAUCGACGAGCCGCAAGUGCUGCUCGCGUCGCCGCAGAUAGGGCGCCCGAGCGAGGUUGCAGCUGCGUCGGCACGUGGCGGUGGCCAAGAGCACGGCUUCGUGGGUCCUGCAGCGCCUGCAGCGGCCGCGCAAGCAAGGCGAAUGCUGGAGCAGAAGGUUGUGGCGGCGCUGUCCCUCGUCAAACACCUGGCGCUGGGCUGCGUGCGAGCCCGCGCGGCGCUGGUGCGCGACGGCGUGCUCGCCGUGCUGCGCGCGCUGUGGCCGCACGCGCUGACCGCCACCAGCGGCCCGCUCUUCCACGAGCUGCUGGGCUGCCUCAACAACCUGCUGCCCGGGUGUGCCGAGGCGCGGGCGCGCGUGGCGACCGAGGGCGGCAGCGUCCCGGCGGGCGGCGCGGCGGAGGGCGCGCCCGGCACGCUUCUGUGCAGCCUCGUUGCAUGCAUCUUCGGGGCCACCCGGCUUGAGACGCCCACAUUCACGCUGGCGGUGGGCGUGCUGCUGCAGCUGGCAGGCGCCGAGGACGGCGUGCACCAACUGCUGCGUGCGCCUUUCCUGGCCGCCUGCCACAAGGCGCUGCAGGACAGCGCCAACGCGCACGCGCCGGGCGGUGGGGCCGCCGCCAAGCUCGGCAGGGACCUGGCGCGUCAGGCGGCGCUGCUACAGGUGCUAACAAGCGUUGCGGCGUGGCCGGCGGGCCAGCACGCCCUUCUCCGCUCCACCUCUGCGCCUGGGCUCAUGGAGCUGGUGGUGCGGGUGGUGUCGCUCGACGCCGCCGCGCUCACAGCGCCAGGUGGUGCCGGCGCGGCGCAGCACGCACCGCAGCACCUGGUGCUGCAGCUGCACAAUGGCGGGCUGGCGCUACUGCGCAACCUGUGCUUUGCGGCGGAGGCCAAGGCACAUCUGCUGGCCAACCCGGCGGUGUUGCCGGCGCUGGUGGCGGCUGCGGAGGGCGUGGCGGCCAACCCGGAGGGCGCGGCCUACGCCGCGUCGGGGCUGUGGUCGCUGGUGUACCUCGGGGAGAAGGUCAAAGCAGCGCUACGGCGCGUGCCCAGUGCGCAGCAGCGGCUGGUGGCUGCUACCGCAGCCUGCCGCUUCCAGGAGUCCAAAACCACAUCGCAGGUCGAGGCUUCGGUCGCAAGGCAGCAAGUCGUGUUGGGCGAGGGCGUGGACAGCAGAAGCGUGGAUGCGGCUGCGGUGGCGGGUGCCCGGGGACCGGAGGUGGAGGUGCUGCGUCAGAGGGUGCACUGGCUGCAGCAGGCUGGGAUGCAGCUGGCAGGGCUACUGGAGGCGCUGCAGUCCGCGGCGCCGGAACCUGCAGAGGCGGCACUGGGUGCUGGCGCGUGGGCAGGUGCCCGGGGAUGGCGCGCGCCGAUGGAUCGAUCGCCAUUGCGGGAUCAGACCGGUGGGCUACGUAUGUGAGUUUGACGGCGCCACAGCAAAAGGGUGGUGGUCGGGAUGAUGUGCGGUGUGGGCCUGGAUGCACGGCGGGAGUUGAGGGCUCGGGGCCCGGACGCGGUGCCCGUGCAAACCUGGCCAAGUCGGCAGCGGGCCGUUCCGCAGGAGAUUACUCCUGGAGGCAGGGUGAUAUCGCAGGCGCACAUGACAACCUGUACGCUGGUCACCAUGUUCUUACUGUUUCGUUGAGAGGCCCAGUUGAUCCAAAACACAGCACGGGCCCGGGCCCGCGCCCCAUGCUCGUCCAUUGGUGAAAUUCGAAGGCUAUGAACCCAUGCAAACCAGCUGUAAUAUAAAGGGCCUGGCGGGGACUCUCACAUGUACGAUAUAAACACUGACAAACAUUUUAGCUCCAAGUCCCCAGAAACGCUCACGUGCUGCUGUCCGUGAAGCCCGCGACUCGUGCAUGCCGCUUGCACGUUGGCUUGCUGUGAUCUAUCAGUAGUCACCACAACGAAAGCGGUCGCGCGACCUCUGGUAAAGAGAAUCUUCGGCCUUGAUCGCCCAACCGAGCUCCUUUGCGCGACGCCCGGCGCUUCCAAGAAACAGUCAUGUUUCCUUACCCCGGAAUGCCGAUGUACCCGGGCAUGCAGCCCGGCAUGCCAGGAGCACCCGCGGCCCAGCACAGCCAGAAGCCGACGGGCCGCGGCGGUAGCAUCAUGAAGGGCCGCAACAACAAAGGCGGGCACAAGAAGAAGGAAGAGGAGGAGCCCGAGGGGCCAGAUGUUGAGGACAUGCUGGACAUGGCUCAGAACAUGGCUGAUGCGGCGUCGCAGCAACAACAGCAGGGAGGCUUCGGGGGCCAGCCGGGCUUUCCCGGCUAUGACUCGAGCAGUAUGAUGGGCGGUGGCAUGGGUUUCCCAGGCAUGGGCACGGGCAUGGGCUUCCCUGGUAUGUAAGACUUGUGCCAUAUGGUGAGCAGGACUCAGGACCUGACUGAUUGUUGAUAUCUGGCCAGGUUGUACAACAAAACACGCGUAGGCCUAUAUGCUGAUGUUGUACGAUAUGUUAGGAUCGAGGGCAGGAGGGUUGGAUCCAGGGCUGGAUCAACGGUUGGAUCAAGGGUGCCUUUGGUGGGCAUGGCUGCGGAGAUGGACGAGCGCCCCCGAGCCUUGGUCAAAUGCCCGCGUGGCCUCGCAACGCCGCAGCCGUGUGCCAGGUGAAACCGAAUCAUUGUGCUGGGAGAGCACAAGUUCGUGCGCAUGUUGUUAUCAUCCCGUGCGUAUUGAUGGCCUGACGUACAACGAGUCAAGGACGGCGGCCCGUUUGUCGACCAGUGUGCUGUGAGCGGUACAGUUUGUCAAUGUGGUAGGGCCCUGCAAAUGCCUAAUCCUUUUAUACGCAAUUGCAAUGGUGUGAACUUGCGCUGCAAGCGAUGCCCGACAUGGUGAUUGUAAUAUUACAAGUGG